AUGGGACAGCAGCCGACCGAGGAAGAGUUGUUUCAAAUGAUUAGCGAGGUUGACGAGGACAUGAGCGGAGCAAUUGACUUUGCUGAGUUUCUGCAAGUCAUCGACAACCAAAAAGAUCGAGCCGCUAUGUUCGAAGACGAUAGCGACAUGAACAAGACAGGGUUUGUGCGCAAAGAGACACUGGUGAAAAUCAUCAAGGGAGACUUCGGUCUUACUAUCAAUAUUGAGGAAAUGAUCAACAAGCUGGAUGUGGAUGGCAGCGGAGAGAUCGAAUUUGACGAGUUCAAGGCCAUUCUGACUUGA